AGAAAGAUGGUGAGGAGUGGGUCCUUGGGUGGGCUUUUUAGGCCAAGCCUUUGACAGGCAGGUCAGGCCCAGGCAUGAAAUUCACAUUUGGAUAUUUUCUUUUUAACAUGGAUCUUUUGCCUUUGCCAUCUGAAUAUUACUUGAAUGUGAGUCUCUUGUCUGUUCCCUAAGCAGAAAAGGAGCAAUAUACUCGCCGGCCACGUACCGUGUUUAGCCAAAAUCAACUGGCAGUAUUGAUGGAUACCUUUGAGAAGAACACUCAUCCAGACACUGAUGCUAUUCAUGAAUUGGCAUCAAAACUGAAUCUUGACGAAGUGGUGAUAAAGAACUGGUUUAAGAACCAGCGGAUGAAACAGAAGAAAAUCAGGCUAAAAGUGCAAGGAGAUGCAUCACCUGGAACAUCCACACAGCAGGUUUUGGAAGAGAAGGAGCCCCCACUACAAAAUCCUGCGACGAAUGCCUCACCAAUUGCUGGAUCUUCAGAUGACGGCAACCAUGAUCCACAGGAGCCCUCUGAGAGCCACAUCACCAGAAGAGAUGGAGCCCCUGUGUUGAGUUCAGCAGUGGACACUCCGCAUGAUAACGUCCAGGAUACGUGUAUGGGGGAUUUGGAUGUUCCUUGGGCCCACACUCCGGGUGAUAUAAGUGAAUUUGUAGAACUGUACGCCCUGCAUGAGGAAGAUGAUCCCAGCAGCUUCGAUGUGUAUCUCCCCACCAGGGUGCCUUCAGUGAGGGAGUGAGCAUGGCCCCGAUGUGCAGGGUGACUUGACACCCACACCUCUGGACACCAGUCCACACGAUCAAGCACAGUUGCUGAAGCAGGAGAACUUAAAGACAAACAAGUGGUUCUCAGCCUUGGGAGGUUCCCUCCUCCCAAACAACCCCGUCUUCCCUGUAGCUGUAAUUUCUCAUUGUGGCACGGAUAAAAUUGACAACUAUGUCCCCUAAACAAGGUUCAUCAAACUCUGUUUCCAUAUAUGUCACGAGACAGCGUCUUUACGGUAGAUCGCUUGCUAUAUGUCACUAGGAAAACCUCUCCCUUCCACAAAAUGAAUAAAAGCUGGAACUUGUCUUUGUCCAUCGCUCUUCCCCUGGACAGGAGUCCGUUGAGCCCGGUGUACACCUUCAACCUGAAAUAAAGUCCUCCUGUUUCAGUCCCUGGGUCUCCCCAGUCUCUUGAAUUCCUGAAACAUUACCACCUGAUUUGAAUCGAUAGAGAGUACAGUUUCAGGACUUGGCAUUUCACAUAAGGAAAAGAACAGCAACUAUCUCACUUUCACUGUCGUCUGUCUUUUCUCUAUUUGUUUUCAAUGCCCCCUCCAACAAUUUCAGUAUCACAUAC